AUGAGCGCCCAACAGAGUCUAGAGAUAGCGAAAUCGCUACCCCCGCGGUUGAUACGCUUCUUCCAACGCUACCCACCACCAGCACUCUUCCCAAAUCUCGGAUCUUCACUCUCGGCCGCAUCACCAGCGACACCACCAUCUUCCGCGACGGAGACGAUAUCGACAAUACCACUUAGUGACGCCAAUGUCCCGAUAAGCGAAACCUCAGACCCUAUUUCAAUUCCUUCGACCGCGCCUUCCAACUCAUCCAUCCCACCAGAAGCACACGACCAUCCCUACCCCAACCCCUUCCUCCCCAGCAAAAACUUUACAACGGGACGUUGGCACUCACCCGUUUACGGUCUGCGCAAACAAGCAGAUCUAGUGAAGCUCGCGGAUCAACACGGUGUAGUGGAUCUUUUGCCGUGGACGAUCAAGAAGCCCGGUGAAAAGGAACGACGAAGAAUAGAGAAGGGAUUAAUGGUGAAGGGAACGGGCGAGGGUCAGAAGGUCAAGGGAAAGCUGUGGGAGAGGACGCUGAAGGGACGAUUGGAAAUGCGGAGACAGGCCAUGUUGAAUAUGCCUGCUUUGAUACAAGAGUGGAAACAAAAAGGACAUGGUCGUGGAUGGAAGAAGUGGCCAAGCGGGAAGGCGAAAUAA